AUUAAAAAUGGAACCUAACAUAAGUGCACUUUUUGGCAUCAGACAGUUGAGAAUUUACUGAACCAUUACUGCUCGGAAUUUGCAAGAGCUUGUCGGUUAGGUUUGCAGCAAGCUGAUUCCUUGAACGAAACAACAAUUGGCGGCCGGCGAACAAGGUGUAAUAUCUGCGGUGCGAUUCUAACCGAGCACGAGUUGUCCCAUACCUAUUUAUGUAAAGAGUUCGUAGCAGGCUGUGAACCAGCAUUGAAAAAAAACCAGCCUGGUACGUCCAGUAUUAACGGUCCGUCGUGCACAAGCAACGCCAGUAAGCGUAAAUGAGUUUUUGAAGCUAGUACCAAGAAGAAGGUUCCUGCCAGUGAGGUAUAUAUUAACGGCUAUCGCUUACAAGUUCGACAAACCGUUGGGAGAAGAAUUACGCAGAUUAGCUCAGACGAGCUAUUAUAAAAUCGGAACGAUUCGCGAGGUUAUCAUUGAAUUUCGAAACACUCGAAUUGACUUUUCUAGAUUGAAAUUUCCGAUAACUAACUACGACAUCAAUCGGUUUGAGCAGAACAACAAAGAUUUCAGCAUAAAUACAUGUGAAUUGGUACGUUCCAAGGGUAGAUGGAAAGUGGUUGGUCCGGCAAGGGCCACAAAGGAACCAAAAAGUUUGCAUAUCAACUUGCUAACUGUAUAUAAUGAAACGAUUAAGCAAUAUCGUUAUUGUCUUAUUACCAACAUGCAGAGGUUGGUAAACAACACACGCGAAGCCGUAUAUCAGGACAGUUUUGCGAUUUGUGUCAAACGUUUUACACCAUGACUGCAACCCGCCGUUAGAAAGGUUGCACCAAAGUACAAGUGGAACAGUAACCAAAUUCAAAAAUAUGGAGAAGAAGUUGUCGUCGCCAUUAAUCAUAUAUGCUGAUAUAGAGGCUGUGCUGAAACCCAUAGAAGUUCUUACCAGGAGCGAAGGGACGAGGCCAAUUCAACAGCAUGAAGCGUUCGCAGUCUCUUAUUAUGUUAAACAUGUGUAUAAUGAAGAGUGUGAUGAAGUGUGUGGAGAAACAUGCAUAACUGAAUUUCUUGGUCAUAUGCAGCGGAAAAUGGAAGACCUGUAUCAGUUGUACUGGACGAAUUUCUCAAGUCCUAAAGAACUAUUGCAAAAUGAGCAACACUAUUGCAAAAGACGAGAACGCCGGGAGAAUCAUGGCAAA